AUGUCUGCCUUCACCAAAGCACUGCGGCCCCUCGCCCGUGCUGCCUCUCGCACUUCUUCCCUAAGCAUACGAAUAACGCCCAAGUCUCAUCAAUGUCUCCGUACCCUCACCACCACGCCAAACCCGCGUCAGGCCGACCCUCUCGACAUCUCGUCCAUUCCCCCCACGCCCAUAACCCACCUUUCAGAGACCGAAAGUUUGAUGGCCGACUCCAUCCGUAAAUUCGCCACGGAAACCAUCCUGCCCAAAGUUCGCGCAAUGGACGAAGCCGAAUCUAUGGAUCCCGCUUUGGUAGAACAGCUCUUCGAACAAGGACUCAUGGGCAUUGAAAUCCCGGAAGAGUACGGCGGGGCCGGCAUGAACUUCACGGCGGGCAUUGUUGGAAUAGAAGAAUUGGCAAGGGUGGAUCCGAGCGUCAGUGUGCUGGUGGACGUCCACAAUACCCUUGUCAACACAGCAAUAUUGAAAUAUGGGACUGAAGAGUCGAAAAGGAAAUGGCUGCCAAGGCUGGCAACCGAGACAGUUGGAAGCUUCUGUCUUUCGGAACCAGCAUCUGGCUCUGAUGCGUUUGCCUUGAAGACUAAAGCUGAAAAGACGGCGGAUGGCUACAAGAUAAGUGGAUCGAAGAUGUGGAUUACCAACUCCGUGGAGGCGGAUUUCUUUAUCGUCUUUGCGAACAUGGAUCCAAGUAAAGGUUACAAAGGCAUAACAGCAUUUGUGGUUGAGAAGAGCGCAAAGGGUUUCUCGAUAGCGAAGAAAGAGAAGAAGCUGGGCAUAAGAGCGAGCAGUACCUGCGUUAUCAACUUCGACGACGUGGAAAUACCGAAGGAUCAAUUACUGGGCGAAGAAGGUCAAGGAUACAAGUACGCCAUUGGACUGCUGAACGAGGGCCGGAUCGGCAUUGCUGCGCAAAUGACCGGUCUGGCUCUAGGGGCCUGGGAGAACGCCGCUGGCUAUGUUUGGAACGACCGCAAACAGUUCAACCAACUCGUUGGCGAGUUUCAAGGCAUGCAAUACCAACUUGCUCAAGCUUACACCGAGAUCUGCGCUGCCCGUGCCCUUGUCUACAACGCUUCUCGCAAAAAGGAAGCUGGCCUUGACUUCGUGCGCGACGCUGCCAUGGCCAAGCUCUACGCCUCGCAAGUCGCGGGGAGAGUUAGCGGGCAAGCGAUCGAGUGGAUGGGAGGCAUGGGAUUUGUGAGAGAAGGGAUUGCGGAGAAGAUGUUCCGGGAUAGCAAGAUUGGGGCUAUCUAUGAGGGGACGAGCAAUAUUCAAUUGACCACUAUUGCCAAGCUGCUCCAGAAGGAGUACACUAAGUAG